AUGACGAAGAGAUUGAAUUCCUAUUACCGAGAUAAAAAACGGGGUAAUGAGAAGGGAACAGAGAUAGAUGAAGAUGGAAAAAGGUGUGCAGUUUGCUUGGAAGAUUUCGAGGCCAGAGAGAAUGUGAGGGUGACCCCAUGCAAUCAUAUGUUCCAUGAGGAAUGUAUCCUUCCGUGGGUGAAGGAUCGCGGAGACUGUCCGGUAUGCAGAUUCGUGCUCAGCGAGCGCAUUAAACGGGCACCGUCUUCCAAUAACAGCACCCUGAAUGCGAAUGACUUGCUCCAGAUAGAUAUGAACUCGAUUGUCAGAGCUAUGGGGGAGGUUUUCUUGUGGGACAAUUCACUCUGA